AUGCUGGCAGCGAACCUCUUCAGCACCGAAUCGGGCCACGGUGCCCCCUGGCAGUGGCAGCCCAUUGGGAGUGGGACGUGCGGCCUCAGUGAGGUCAGUGCCUGGCUUGCCUGGCCCACACCAGAGCUUCAACACCUUCCACUGCUAUCUGUCCAGGGGAAUCGCAACCACCACGAACAACUUGCCUUUCAUCACGAUUCAUUCUCCACCUUCCUCAACGACCGCCAGCUCAACUCGCGUCUUCUCUCCCUACCCUCACAGUGUACCCCGGUACAUCACCACAUCCUCCUGGUCCCGACCACCGAUGUCCUCCUCACAUGUCGCGAAGUCGAGAGCGGCUCGACCUUCCACGAGCUCAUCACUUCGGAGGAGUUCCUAGCUAGUCAUGUGCUUCGCAUUCCCGCCGCAAAUACAACCUCUGCUGCGGGUGGGAAGGACGCGGCGCAAAACCUGCGCGAGCUGAGGGGCAAGGCGAAGCAGUAUCAGACCAUCAAUGGUCGCACAGUCGUCAUCAAAGAUACACACGUCUACAGUAACAAAGGCUUCAAGUCGCUUGCGCAAGCUCAAUUACUGAACGAUUCGACAUGGUAUCCCGACCUCCUUGAACCCCGCCAAUGGCUGAUUUACUACAUCUCGCGGCCACUGGUGGGCGUAUGGGAAGAGAACAAGAUCGAGCCUGCCAUAUUGGUGGAGGGAAUGGCGAGGAGGAAAGCCCUCGAACAGAGCCAGGCGGCGGCUGCUGAGAAUGGCGAAGGCGCCAUGCUUCCCCGGAAGAAGGACAUCAAGAGCUUCCACGACCUCCUCAACCAUUUUCCUAUCAUCGCACGACAGAUGCAACCUGGAUUAGAAAAGCUGUUUCGAGAGUUCACGACUGUGUUCGAGCGACCGCUCCCGCCGCCCCCUUCGGCGUUACGCAUACCCGACCCCGAGCCCGACGGACCCAUCACUACGGCCAUGAGGAAGGCGCGGUCCAACAGCAUGUCCGCAGCAAGGCGCCCCAAUGGGUUGACUAACGGUCUCCCCGUGACGGAGAACUUCUACGCCGAGGACGACGAAGAUGUGAUGAGGGCUUCACUGGAGACUGCUGUCACAGCCGCCAUCGACUUGUUCCAGGGGGUUGACAAGCAGCAACUCUCGAUGCUCGGCGCUACGACCGACCUGACGGGACCUCUGGUCGAAAGACUCAUCGAAAGAUACGUCACCGAGAAUACACACCACCUCCUGUUUCCACGACUUAGUGCAUCAAAACGACCUUAUGAUCUCGAGUUGGAGGCCAAGAUUCGGCAGAUGGAGUUCAUUGAUCUAUCACAGCUUGGCAUCUCCAUAGAAGGUGGGUCGCGAGGGAAGCAUGAGUUGACGAUACAGCUUGGUCUGGCCGUGGAGGAGUUCAAGAAGACAGCGAACGCCAUGAGCCCACAAGAGAUGCUCGAUCUGCUCCUGUCGACCAUGAAGCUGGUCACUCAUUUGACAGAGUCUUCACGAGCGCAAGCAGCCUCUUCGACCGAGAAGCCUACUUUGACAGUUAAUGCCGACACGCUAGUCUCGCUGUUGCUCUUCGUGGUCAUCCGAGCACAAGUUCGGCACUUGCACGCUCGGCUCAUCUACAUCCGUCACUUCAUCUUCAUUGAUGACGUAGACAAUGGUGAGAUGGGAUAUGCACUGAGCACCUUCGAAGCUGUCCUCGCAUACCUCGCACUAGACUCGUCAGGAUUGCGAAGAGCCAGCCGACGAAACAAAGCGUUAUGGAAUGCUACCUGCAAUGGAAGCCUUGACGACUUGAAGAAGAUCAUGGAACCAGACGAGAACGCCAUUCUCGACGAAGACCUUUAUGAUUCGCCAGAAUCAAGUAGACGCCCCUCUCACAGCUGGAGCUUCACCAACGGGUCUGCCUCGAGGAGAUCGUCAACAGCAGUCACGAUCUCGGAUCGCUUCUCAUCAGGCUCUGGCCUGAGCCACGUUUUCCCAUUCCAGGCCGAGGAUGAUGGCAGUGAGAUUGACUUCCCUUUACCGCCGCCGCCUCGCAAGGUCAAGAGGGUUGCCAUGGAUACACGAAGCAUGUCCAGCGGCUCGGAGAUCUCGUACCACUCGAGGGCGACCAGCAAUGGUACCAUUGGAAGCGUACUUGAGGGCGACAUCACUAUCGAUCGUCUUUCGCAGACACACAAUGCAUUCGGGGAAUCAAUUUUGAUGAUGGCUGUGCAAAACGAAAGGCCCGAUGUUCUGCGGUACUUGCUGACGCUGAGCGAGUACUAUCCUCUUUCUGUCAUUCUAGACGACAUCAACAACGAAGAUACAACGCUUUUUAGCGCUGCUGUCCAGCUGGGGCAUACGGAGCUGAUUAAUAUUAUUCUCGACUUCAUUUCGAGACUGGCGGCAAGAGAGCGCUUAAUUGAGUCGUAUGACCAUAUCCACUACCGCGAAAUGGUGGAUGCCGGCCUUGAUGCGGCCACGGAAGCGCAGCGUGACGGGCUUCCGCUGCACAUUGACGAUCAUGUGGACGCCAAGGGGAACACUCUGCUUCACAUUGUCAACGACCCACAGCUGGCACUCAGAGUGCUCCAGCAAUGCGAUGUCGAUGUCAACGCCACGAACGAGAAGAAAUUUACGCCGUUAAUGGUUGCUAGCAAAUAUGGCAGGCUGGAUAUGGUCAGAACGCUAUUUGUGGACGCACGCGUCGAUGUUGCAGCCCGAGAAAUCCGAAGCCUGACUGCCGUUGAAUUGGCCAAAGAUGACGACAUCAGGAAUAAGAUUGAUGACCUGGCACUCUUCAGCAUGCCCCCUGGCGCGGAUGCCCGUAUUACCGGUGUCGUGAGGGCCUUUUUCGUUGAAGAUGCGACCAUUCGGCUGGUCUUGAAAUCGGCAGCCCCAGCCGACCACAUGAGCUACACCGUCACCACAAGCCGCAGGAAUUUGUCUGAUUUCGAGCACCUCGGCAACUUGCUGGCGCUGGAGAACCCGGCGUCCUGGAUCCCGGCGGUGGCGGGUGUGCGGUCGCCCUUCCAGAUACCUUCGAAGCCGUCUAGAGCAGUGCUACGAGAUAUCCAGACUAGGGCCGACUGGUUCCUCAAGAUCAUGCUCAAUCACCCCACAUUCGCAACACACGAGAUGCUCUGGGAAUUCUUCCUGGUGCCUGAUAUCCAACUAGGCAUGAUGGAGCAGAGGAGUAACCUGAAAGCUGAGACGCGAGCCGAGAAAGUGCGGGAAGAGUACGAGCCCGUCAAGGAUGUGCGAGAGGUCGAACAAUUCGUCGAUCAUGCAAGGGAGAUGGUGCGGAGUGUCAACUACUCGACUAAGAGCGUGGCAAGAAGGGUCAAUUCCAUCGCCAUUGUUGCUUCAGAUCUUCAUGACGCAUCACUCCUGCUGCACCGCGCUGUUUCGACAUUGCCGUUCCUUCCACCAGCAUACAUCACGGCGAUGGAUUCUUAUGUCCGUACCCUCGUACCAAUGCAAUCGAAUCCUUACGGGAUCUUCCACUCGACGUUCCUGGCAUCGCAAUCGACGAUCCAAGCCCUGCUAUCGGCUCUGUCGCGGCCGCCAGCGCAAAUUACGCAGAUAUCGGCUGCGCGCAAGGCCGUGGAGCGAAACUACAACUCGCUCACGAGAUCGACACGGUGGCCUCUUGGGUUGCUGGAUGACACGCGACAACGCCUCAACGAGGAGAGGGAAGAGAAAGCCCGCCAGUCACAGGAGCAGGUGGAUGACCUCGGUCGAGAACUUCGAUACUCGCAACAAGUAGUUGCCGGGGAAUUAGCCGGGUGGCAAGACCUGCACGAGAAGAUGGGGCGACGAGCGAUCAAGGAAUUCGCCAAAGGCAUGGUGAUCCAGGAGCGACUCCGGCUGGACGGGAUGAUGAGGACACUCCGGAGGCUGCGGGAAGGGAAAGCGGAUCUCGAGGCGGCAUUGGCAAACGUUUCAGGGCGGUCGAGUAUGAGUCAAUCGACGCACGAGGGGACGAGGAGAGAUGCAGGUGAGGGAGCCAGCAGUGGGAGCACGAGAACGGGCGACGUGGUGGCGAAUGGUGCGGGAUACUAG